GUGGCACCAUGUUGUCAGGGGAGGAGAUUCUGUGCAGCACGCGGCAAGUGAUAGCGGGCCUGGAGGCGCUUCGUGGCGAGAACCACACCCUCCUGGACGACCUGCAGAAGGCGCUGGAGGGCCGGCCGGCGGCCGACAGUGGCAGUGUGGAGCAGGAGAAGAGUGGCAUCAUCCGCCAGUCUCUGGAGAGGAUAGAGCUGGGCCUGGGAGAGGCACAGGUGAUGAUGGCUCUGUCGGCCCACCUGGGCUCCCUGGAGGCGGAGAAGCAGAAGCUGCGGACCCAGGUACGGAGGCUGUGCCAGGAGAACCAGUGGCUGAGGGACGAGCUGGCCGGGGCCCAGCAGAGGCUGCAGGACAGGGAGCAGGAGGUGGUCACCCUGGAGGAGCAGAACAGACACCUGCAGUUCAUGAGCAGCAUCCGCAAGUACGACCAGGAGGAGCCCCCACCGGAAGACAAAGGAACGGGCUCCACCAAGGAGUCCCUAGAUGAUCUUUUUCCCACGGACGAGGAGGAACAGUCACAGAUAUCUCAGCCCCACGGUAGCAGUGCGGCAGCAGCGGCCCAGCAGGGAGGCUAUGAGAUCCCGGCCCGCCUGAGGACCCUUCAUAACCUGGUGAUCCAGUACGCCUCCCAGGGCCGCUACGAGGUGGCCGUGCCCCUCUGCAAACAGGCCCUGGAGGACCUGGAGAAGUCCUCGGGCCACAGCCACCCUGACGUGGCCACCAUGCUCAACAUACUGGCCCUGGUCUACAGAGACCAGAACAAGUACAAAGAGGCGGCGAACCUCCUGAAUGACGCAUUGGCCAUCCGGGAGAAGACCCUGGGCAUAGAUCACCCUGCGGUGGCAGCCACACUCAACAAUCUUGCUGUACUGUAUGGAAAGAGAGGGAAGUACAAGGAAGCUGAGCCACUGUGUAAGAGAGCCCUGGAGAUCAGAGAGAAGGUGUUAGGCACGGACCACCCUGACGUGGCAAAGCAGCUGAACAACCUGGCGCUGCUGUGUCAGAACCAGGGCAAGUACCAGGAAGUGGAGCAGUACUACGAGCGUGCCCUGCACAUCUACCAGAGCAGGCUGGGCCCCGACGACACCAACGUGGCCAAGACCAAGAAUAACCUGGCUUCAUGUUACCUGAAACAAGGGAAGUACAGACAAGCUGAGGCUCUGUAUAAAGAGAUCCUGACCCUGGCCCAUGAAAAAGAGUUUGGAUCUGUGGAUGGUGAGGUGCGGGAUAUCUGCACCCACACGGGAGAGGAGGGCUCCAUGCAGGAUGGGCUGGGCAGUCUGAAGCGCAGCGGCUCGUUCACCAAGCUCCGCGAGUCGAUACGCAGGAGCAGCGAGAAGCUGGUCAGGAAGCUGAAAGGAGUCGGAACUCAGGAUACCACCCCUCCGACUCCUGGGAUGAAAAGGGCUAAUUCUCUGAAUGUGCUGAACGUGGGUGCGAGGGAGCAUCAAGAAGCGGCAAGGGGCACCAGCGACCUAACAGAGAACCGAACCCUGAGCUCCAGCACCCAGAGCCUUGCACGGCGAGGGUCCCUCAGCUACACCUCUGAACACUAGCCCCCCUCCCAACAUCCAGGAAGUACUCUCAUACAGCUCUGACCCCUACUCCACUCUCCGUCUGUGGAUUGGCCUCUUGUGCCUACAUGGGUUACUCCACCCCUUCCCUGUUUAAAUCGAACACUGAUCCAUUAUCAGUUGAGGUUUGUUUACUGCACUAUGUUGUAGUGGGGGGAGGCCACUGGUACUCCUUGCCUGCUGUCUGCUAGUUUCAUCCCCUGGUGCCCCAGUUCUGGGGUAUAGAUUAGGAUACACACAGCAAUGAGGACUGGUUUUGAGUGACACAGAUUGUAUCAAUUUCAGACCAGUUUAAUCUGGAAAUGAAAUGACAAUCCAUUUUGCUUUUUUAUAAUGAUUUAGUAAUGCUCUGUUGUGACUUACUGUACAAGGAGGGAAAUGCUUGAAUUCUUAAAUGAUUGUUCACAAUUAUGAACAUGUUGAUAUUUCUAUUAAGGUAGUGUCUGAAGCUAUUGGAUAUUAUCUAAAUGACUGUAGCUAUGCAUGAAAAAAAUACCUUAUUUAUACAAUAUGUUUUUUUAAAUGUGUUACAUUCUGAUUUUAUCUUCUUGUGUUCAUGUUUACCAGCGGUUCUCGUGUUUUUGGCACUAGAUUUUAAUUCCAAAACGCUGAUCUGCACAAGCACAAUUAAAACAAAGAUUUACUAAUACAUCUAGUGAAUGUGAUGCACAAUCUGUGUAUUGGCUUCCAUAUUAGGUUAUGGUAAAGGACUCUCCUUAGUCCACAAUAUUACAGCACAAUCUCUACUUCCCAGUCCAGCUGUAGAAUGCUAUGUAAUUAUUGUCUAAGGCUUGGCAUUCUGUGAAAUGUUUGAACUAUGUUUAGCCGAUUUCAUUAUGAGCAGAUAUAAAAAGCAUAAGGGGCUCCCAAGUGGCACAGUCUAAGGCACUGCAUCUCAGUGCUAGAGGU